AUGCUUUCAGCUCAAGAUAUCCUCCGCCCCGAGAACAACGGCAUCCCACAACUCUUCCACGUCCUGCUCAUAACGCACCAUCUUCAAAAGGACCCCAACGCCGUAAUCCAAAAACUCCGCGUUACAGGCUCAUACACCUCUCUCGCAGCCGCAAAAACCGCCGCCUACAGCUGCCUCUUUGACGCCGGCUACGAAAAGGAAUGGUUCACAGAGUACACGGUACACCACGACAGCAACAAUGGGAUAGUAGUAUCUGCUACUUCUCCAGAUGGAACUACGUUUUCAGUUCAAAUUUUGAAUUCUGUCCUGGACGAUGAUGAGCCUCAAGAUGCAUCGAAGCUAUGGAAUUACAACAUUGAAGAGCACGACCAACGCAUCUCAACCGAAUUGUACUACGUCGUACAGGUCAAAACACACUUUGAUGAUGAGCAGCUUCGCGAAAUUAAUAUUGAGGGCACAUUCCUUACCUAUAACGCCGCUCGAGAAUAUGCCAAGGGUGUGCUCUUGUCCCCUACGAACGGCAUCGAUACGGAGAGCUAUGCACAAUACGAUGAAGCGGGACUCGAUCAGCGGGAUUGUGGCUUUGGCGCUAAUGUAAUUGUGCAUGCGGUGGGUGUCAAUGGGGAGAACUUUAUUGUUAGUGUGGUUAAGAGUCAGACGAUGGAGAGUGUGAGGUUGGCCGAGGCCGCCAUGCGCAUUUCAUGA